AUGCCCCCGGUAAGCCGACUUCUCAACAACAGACCACCUCUUUCCUUCCUCCCUCCAUUUUCGUGUCCCUGGCCUUUUCCUACUUUUAUUUUGUGUUCGUUCAAAUUCGAAUCAAAAGAAAACAAGGCGAAUCAAGACUCCAGUGGAAAUUGGCAACUUUUUUUUGAACCCAAAAGUCAAGUGUGUCCCGUUUUUUUUUGGGUGACGAAGAAGACAACCUUCAAAACCACUCAAAUUCUCCUUCCUUGACCGCAAUUUCUACCUUCAUUUCUUGUUCCUGCCAACUUCUUGUCUACUUUUAGAACUUAUUUUCAAUUUUUAACCUUAUAAAUGAAAAUAUAAUGUAGAUAGUUACAAAAAAAGACUAAAAAAAUUUUUUUAUAAAUUAGUUUCCUUCAAAAAAAAUUUCCAUUUUUUUCCGUUAUUUUUUUCUUUAUCAAUUGUUUUUCUGACUGAUUCUGAAGCUCCCUGUUCAUUUUUCAAACAUAGAAUUACUUAAAUUUGAUGAAAAGCCGAUGAAAAGCUGAAAACUUCAACGUUAGCCUGGAAAAUGAAUUUCAAGAUUUUUUUCGUCGUUUUUUUCAUUCUUUUUUUCUCAAAUUUUUCAUCUCAUUCCGAAAAAAUUAUCAAAAAAAAUAUCUAUCAUUCUUUGCAGAAUAAAUUGUCAAAAAAAACCUUGACAAGCUUCAAAAUUCGGAAUUUCAUGAAAAAGUUAAUGUUCCAUCGACUUUUUCCCUUAUCUACUCCUUUUUUUAAUUUUUUUGAGUGGAAUAAUAUAAAUAAACCUUCAAGAUUUUUCAGAUCAGACCCAAUUUCAAAAAAAUGCGAGUUUUAAUACUUCUAUUGUGCGUUUCGAUCGCCUCGUCUUGGGUCAUCUACCGUCGAAAUCACAAGAAAAAAAGCUGAUCUGCAGGGUUGGUUAUUCAAAAUUCGACUUUCUCAUUGAAAUAAUCUUCGUAAUUACUCUGAAAUCUUGAAAUGAAUUAAUCAAAAAAAGACACAAAAAAAUCAAAAUUUGAAGUUAUUUAAGCUUCAAAACGUAGAAAAAACUUUGAAAAUUAAAAAAAUUGACUAUAAGCCCUAAAGCAGUCACUUUAAACUAUCCUCUGAAAUUCGGGGCCAAUUUUACAGUUCAAAGCUUCAUGAAAGUGUAAAGAUAGCUUUAAUGUGAUUUAUAAACCCUAAAGUGGACACUUCAAAACAUCAAAAUUUGCUUCAGAACAUCAUGACAAGAGAAGGAUAGCUCUAAAGCCUUAUAAAGCGACUUAUGAGCCCUAAAGUGGUCACUUUGAACUGUCAACUGGAAUCUCGGAGCCCAUUUUACAGUGGGAAACAUCAAAAAUUAAUCAAAUGUGUAAAAAUAGCUCUAAAACUUAACUGUACGACUUAAAAACCCUGAAGCGGCCCCUUCAAACUAUCAUCUGAAAGUCCGGGGUCAAUUUUACAAUUCCAAAAGUCGCGAUUUUGUUUAAAAACAUCUGAAAAAUGUAGAAAUAGCCUCAUUAAACGACUUGUAAGCCCUAAAGUGGCCACUUUGAACUGUCAACUAGAAUCUCGGAGUCAUUUUCACAGUGGGAAACAUCAAACCUCGGUGAAAAGUGUAGAGACAUCUCUAAAGCGACUUAUAAACCCUAAAGUGGUCACUUCAAACUAUCCUCUGAAGCUGAUUCUACAGUCCAAAAAAUCAGAAUUUCGCUUCAGAACCUGAUAAAAAAUAUAGUUAUAGCUAUUCUUAAGCGACUUAUGAGCCCGAAAGUGGUCACUUUGAACUAUCGUCUGAAAGUCCGGGGUCAAUUUUAUGGUCCAAAACAUCACAAACAUGUUUCAGAACACUAUAAAAAAAUGUAUAGAUAGCUUUAAAUCCUUACUAAACGACUUAAAAAAACCCUGAAGCGGCCCCUUCAAACUAUCAUCUGAAAUUCGGAGCCAAUUUCAGAGUCCAAAACAUCAAAACUUCGUAAAAGUGUUAAGAUAGCUUCAAAGUGACUUAUAAGCCCUAAAGUGGUCACUUGAACUGUCAACUAGAAUCUCGGAGUCAUUUUUACAGUGGGAAACAUCAAAACGAUAAAAAAUAGUAGAAAUAGCUCUAAAGCCUUUUAAAGCGACAUGAGCCCUAAAGUAAUCACUUUGAACUAUCAUCUGAAACUCUGAAGUCAAUUUUCAAUCCAAAACAUCACAAAUAUGUUUCAGAACAUCCAUAAAAUGUAGAAAUAGCUCUAAAUCGUCAUUAAAUGACUUGAGAGCGCUAAAGUUGUCACUUAAAUUCGACAUUGUCAAAAACUUCGGAUGCUGUGUCUUUAAAAGCACUAAAAAGAUGGACUAUCAAAUCAAAAUUGAUUUUUAAGCGAUUCUGAAUUUUUUUUUUCUCAAGAACUUAUGAAAAGUGACAAGAAAAUGGAAGGAUUGCCCCUUUCUUAAAGCGAGAAAUCGAAUUACAGGAAGAAGACGUCGGCAACCUGACGUCAUCGCCUGCAAUGACGUCAUCCAUGAAACCACCCACUUCUGACAGCGAGGAUUCCGACGAGGACAACAACCGUCGACGGCGGUCCAGAAGGGACAUCGAGGUCGACCCCGUCCACAGGGAACCCAUCAUAUUCCUCGGGGUUCGUUUCCUUUGAUUAUACCUAAAAAAAUGUGGGUUUUCGCGAAAAAAAUAUCAAAUCAUAAAUUUAAGGUUAGACUUUUUCAAAAUUUCCUGAUUUAUAUGCCUUUAUUUCUUGGAUAAUGAUAUAAAUAUCGGUUUUAUCAACUCAUAUGUACUUUUUCCAUAGUUUCGAAAAAUUAGACCCUUGUCAGUCUUCUUCCUAACGUUUAUCGUUUUUUUCUUUUUUUAAAUAAUCAAUUUCUUACUUUUUUUAAUCGAUUUUUUUCACAAACUUCAAUACAAAAAUCUGCUGAAAACUUGUUUUCGAAUUGUUUCAUGGUGCAUUUAUUGACCGUAAAAAAACCACUCGAAAAGGGUUUUCGUCUCGAGACAUUUUCAAAAGUUCUCUUCAGUCAGUCCUUCCUGACUUGAAAAGCGAAGGGUGCCGCGGCUUUCAGGCGGGAAACGUGAGGUCAAACGCGAGUUUUUUUGAAGUUUCCCUUUUUUUAAAAUGCUUUUCCAAUAAAAUUUAUUUGAAUGGUAUUGAAAGGAAGGAUUUAUUUUAAUGUGAGAAGUGUGAGGAAACCAAAAAAAAAGUUCCACAAUUUCUUUUGAAUUCGAUCUUCCCACCAAAAAGCCGCGUCACGUCGCCCGUGCCAACUCACGGCGACACCACACCCACCAUAAUGGCGGAAAAUGAAAUGUGUUGUACGCAGUGCACGCGAUACAUGAAAAGCGACGCGCAAAAAGCGAUAUUGGACGUUUAGCCAAGCCAAAUUAGGAUCACAAAAAAAUGCGAAAAACAGCAAGCGCGCCCCAUCAGACGAAUGCGCGUGCGCGUCGCGUCGCUCGGACAUUGUUAACGCGAAACGGACGUGCUCCGGACGUUUCUGGGCGAUUCUAGGGAGCCCUUAAGAGUUCUGAGGCUACUAAAGUGAUCACUAGAAAUGCCCCGACACGUCCGAUUCGCGUCCCGUUCGCGUUACCAAGGUCUGAGUGCGUUGUUUUUUUUUACAUCAAUUGGCUUGCGUGGUGUCGCCGUGCAACUUGCCGUCUUAAUCCAGAAAGGAUCGACUAUAUAUAUCUUCAUUUGAAUUGUCAAUACAACAUCAGAAUAAAGUGACUUUUCCAACAAUCUAUCUUCCAGACCAAGAGCAACUCCUCGGUUUUCAUUGAUGACGGCGAUUUUGACAUCGUUUCUGAUCAACUGACCAAGGAAGAACUGGAACAGGUGAGGAAAUGUUCAUUGUUUUGCUCAGGUACUUUUUUUGAUAACUUUUUUCUUGACUUUUUUCACGAGUUCUUUUUUUUUGUUUCUUGGAAGUCUCUUUAUAAGUCUUCAAAAUGAUAUCAAAUCUUAAAAAUUCCACAGUGGCCCCUACAGGGGUGGAAAAACAACUCUAUAGAGGCCGAAAAAGUGGCCCCUAUAGGGUUAAAACCAAGGUGGACCCUUUAGCGGUUCAGGGUCUGACUCCUUACCCCCUAAAGCUUAAGUGGACCCUAUAGGGGUCUUUCAAUUUUAUUCAAAAGCCUUUAUUUAUUCAGUUUUUCCCAUGGCAAUGCUUCUUUAAAACAAUUAUCGAUUAGCAUGUCCCCUAAAGGGGCCACUUUUGCAAGCUUUAGUUACCUUAAAGGGAAGGUAAGGUAGUUCUCUAGAGACGGCCCUCCAAGAGCCCCCAUAGGGACCGCUAUGGAAUUCCUAAGUUCAUAGAGAAUCUUUUAAAAUUGCCAAAAAUAAAUAAUUUCAGGUGAAAAAGCAGAUCAUGGAGACGUGCAACGCCUUGAAUUCUGACUGA